GUUCCCAAACUGGGGGCCAUGGCCCCCUGGGGGGCCAUAUAGCAGAAUGUAGGGGGCCAUAAUCUGAGGCUAUGCAUAAAUAAAACCAAAGGAGUUUAGCGGGUAGGUAGCCAGUGGAGGGAACUUACAGGUUCAGUACAGGUUUGUGCAAUGCCUUGCUGCCAGACACAUGGGUAAUACGUCCCUUUUUUUCUUUUUAUCUGAUUCUGUGUUCUUGACAUAAAACAAGACAUGGGGAUGUAUUAGGGAAGCAAGAUAAUUUUAACUCAACAUAAUUCUAAUCUAAGGCUUCCUAAGCUGUGUAUUCUGUAUGAUAACCUGGUCUUGAAUCUUACGUAUCAGCAAGGAUGUUCAUAUUAUUCAGUUAACCAGACAUUCACAGUUACAACAUUGAUCACCGUGUGUGCCUCCCCAUAUAAUCAGUUUCCUCCCACCUGUGAAUACUUCAGUAUUAUAUGAACUUAAGCCAACAUCAAUACCACUUUAAUGGUACAGUGAUGGCUUCUAAUAAGAAACGCAACUAUGAUGACAACUACCUGGAUUUUGGAUUUACAAGCAUCACUGAUAAAGGUGUAGUGAAGCCUCAGUGUGUGAUUUGUCACAAAAUACUCACAGCUGAAUCACUAAGGCCCAGUAAGCUUAGAUUACAUCUGGAAACCAAGCAUCCUCAACAUGUUGGCAAAGAUCGUUCCUUCUUUAGUCGACAAGAAUUGAACAUGAAGAGACAGCGACUUGAUGCCAGUGGUUCCUUUCAUCAACAAAAUGCUGCCGUAGUGGAGGCAUCAUUUCUUGUAGCCCUUGAAAUAGCAAAGAAAAAGAAGCCUCACACAAUUGGGGAGGAAUUAAUUUUGCCAUGUGCCAAAACAAUGGUAAAGCUUGUUUUGGGUGAGAAAAGUGCUGAAAAGCUGAAUGCUAUUUCACUCUCAAAUAAUACAGUGCAACGCCGAAUCUCCCAAAUAUCUGAUGACAUCAGAGAGCAGGUGAUACAGGAAAUCAAAAGAGCUGGAUUAUUCAGUAUUCAACUCGAUGAGUCCACUGACGUCCAGUCCUGCUCACAACUCCUGGCUUUUGUAAGGUAUGUUCAUGAUGAGGAUCUGAAGGAGGAAUUCUUGUUUUGUGAGCCUCUUGAACAAUCUACAAAAGGUGAAGAUGUAAUGCAGAAACUUACAGAAUUCUUUGAAUCUGAAGGUCUUGACUGGGGCAAUCUUUGUGGGAUAUGCACAGACGGGGCUCCAGCCAUGUUGGGUUCUCAGUCAGGUUUUGUUACAAGAGUUAUACAAAAGCACCAAAUGCUAUCCCUCUUCACUGCAUGAUCCACAGGCAAGCUCUUGCAUCAAAAACGCUACCCUCAGAAUUACAGGACACUCUGAAUACAAUUAUAAAGACAGUUAACUU